AUGUGGUCUCCAGGAGAUAUUUGCAUUUAUCAACGCGAGAACAAAGUUUAUGAUCUAUUCGUUAUUGAGGAGUUCAGUUUGGAGAACUCUCUUUUUACUAUUCGUUCACACAACUACAUAACUUCAUGCCAUUCCAGUGAUUUGCUAAACUUAGCUCCAGAGAACGUCGAAUUAUUACAUCAAAAUGAAAAAAUCACGUCUACUCUAGAGUCCAUAGAUUGCUCCUAUUUCGCCAUCAAACUUAACUGUUUAAUAAAUCUUCCGUCCUCUACGAGUACAAUCAACUCGAACAGUGAAAGCCAGAAGAAUCCUGUUCAGUCAUGGAACAAUGGAGAUCUGUGUAUUUGUUCUUGGAGUGAAGAUGCAGCCUACUACUAUGCUACAAUAUUAACGGCUGAUUAUGAAAAUGAUAUUUUCACAGUAUCAUUUUGUUUUUAUGAUAACGUUGAACAAAAAUCCUCCAAAGAUCUCUAUGACAUCAAUUCUGGAUUUGAAGUGUACGUGAAAGACAUAAUGAAUAAGUCAUUCGCAUUUUCAAUGAAGGAAAAGAUCGUUGCUAGUCAAUGCAAACUUGAAGAAGAAGAUUUUAGUGGUCAGUUGGAAACAUACAAAUCCUCUGUCCAAGAUGCGGACGUUAAAGAGCUGAACGAAAUUUCUUCUCAUUUGCACAAAACUUCACUUAAUCCACUUAUUUAUCGUAAUAAAAAACAAGAAUCAAAAGUUAGGAAUUUGUGUAAAUCUGGACUUGAUGAAUUGUCGGUUGAGAAUAUCUCCGAGUCCAUGAAACAAAGUCGGUUAUUAGAUGCUUCAAAUAUACAACAAUACAUCAGUGAAUUACAGUUACAUCCAUUAUUACUGAGUUGGUUUAUUUGUGGUUACCAAACUGGGUUUUAUGAACGUGAACACCAACAUUAUGAUGUAUGUACAUUCACAUCAAUCCCAUCAACUAACGAAAAUUGUUCAAACCUUCUACUUGAUAGAUUAUUGUCGCUCACAAUUAGCAAUAACGCAAAUAACUCAGAUUAUUCCUCUUAUCCAUCUUAUCACAAUAAUAAGAAUAAUAAUCAAUGGCUUCAUUUUCACUUUAUUAAUUCCAUUGGAUACUGGAAUACAUUUAUGAAUAGGACUGGAGAUAUGAACAAUUCUCAUUGA